GUGGUGAGGCUGCUUUGAUUGGUGCUGGUGCUUCCGUGAUAGGUAUAGGCAAUGACUCAGCUGGAAGUUUACGAAUGCCAGGUUUAUUUUGUGGCAUUUACAGUCACAAGCCUACUGUUGGUUUGGUUUCCCCUCAUGGACAAUUUGCGUGCAUUGAAAAUGUCACAACAAUUGGACCAAUGUGUAGGUAUGCGGAAGAUCUAAUGCUUCUACUGCAAGUAUUAUCAAUGGAUAAGAACAAAGCCAUCAAAGAUUGCGCCGUUAAGUUUUCAAAGCUGAAAAUUUAUUACACAUUGUCAAUGUGUUCUAAGGCCAGCCCUUCACUGGAUGGUGAGCUUAAAGAUGCUUUUCUAAAG